AACAAAUAUUAGGGGGUGUAUGGUUUGAUAUCCUUUUUAUAAAACCAAUUUAUAGGCAUUUAAGGAUAGGGGUAGAGUUGGUAUUAAAGAAAAUUUAGGAGGUGGAGGAAUGAGACUAGAGAGGUGGAGGGAGAAUUCCUCUUACAUAAGUUGUUUAAAUGCAGAAAAUGGGAAAUACAACCCUAGCUUUUUCUUUCACUUCCCAACGCUUAGGUUCUCAUUGCACAUCAAUUCCAAGGCAAAAAAAAAUCUUCUCAAAGGAUUGGAUAAGGUGGGCGGUGAGUCGUUCCUAUAAGAAGCUGAUGCAGCUAUGUUACUUUUGGUACUUUGAAAGUAUGGUUGAUAUGAUAAGUAGUCUCUCGGACGAAAUCAUUUGUUAUAUUCUAUAUUUUCUUCCAUCCCAACAAGUUGUUGCAACCAGUGUUCUCUCAAAGCGCUGGAAUCAUCUUUGGCGUUCUGUUUCCUCUUUAGAUUUUGACACCAUUAAAGAAUAUUUUUGGUCUCACAAUGAAGAAAAUACCUAUAAUACCUUUUAUAGCUCUGUGUGCUCUUUCUUGGUUCGGCGUGGAGAUCAACCUCUUCAUAGAUUUCGUCUCAGAUGUUACUCUACCUUGGAUAGUACUGUAAGUAUUGAUAUCAUGACAUGGAUUCGGACCGCAGUAAGUGGAAGCGGUAGAGUUCAAAUCAUCGAUCUCUAUUGUGAUUGGGACAUUGUCAUUCCAUCUGUAGUGUUUAGCUGUAAAAUUCUUCUCAAGUUGAAUUUCAUAACCGUGGAAGUGGAAGAUAUUUUCUUUGUUGAUUUGCCGUUGCUUAAAAUCUUACAUUUAAAUCAUGUUAUUUCUUCCUCACUAGAAAUUGAUCUUUCACGGCUUCUUUCGGGGUGUCCUAAUCUUGAGGACUUAAAAGUCAAACGUUUGAUUUCUAGAAUUAAAGGAAAGUUUAUUAGAUUGCCCAAGUUGUUUAGAGCCAGCAUCGAUAACCUCUUACUUCCAUUGGAAAUGUUUAAAGAAGUUGAAGUUUUGAAAUUCAAAUGGUUAUUUUUACCAAAACUGUACCUCAAUUUUAACUUUCAAAGUUUAGUUCAACUUCGAUUGAAUGUGGUCAUGGAGUGGGUUCUGGGUUCUGGUCUUGAAAGUGCUCAAUCAUUGUCCCAAUCUUCAAAGUCUUGUCAUUUGCAUUUAUAA